AUGGAAUAUACCACUCUAUAUCCCUUCGAGACGCCCGCGCCCGCCAUUUGCUCUUCCACCUCUUCGGUCGACACUUCCUCACCAACUACAUCCAUGUUCUCCAAGGGCCAUUCUUCUCGGGGCUCCAACUCUUCCGCUGCAUCCUCGCCCGUCCCUCGAGAGUCUCUCGACAUGUUUGGAUCAGUCAAGCGGUUGGAAGAUGUCACCGAGGAGCCUCAGGAAAGAGACGAGUUCGAUGGUUACACGUUGGUCAACGACGGCACAUGUGACUGGAGUGACUAUGACAAGGCUUUCGCGAGUGAUUAUGGUCACCCUUCACCCAUAUCCGCGAUACAGCCCGACUGGAUCUUGGCAGCAUCCAGUGACGGGUCCAUCGUCACCCCUGGGCCUUAUCAGUCGAAGCGACGCAGAUCGGUGGAACAGCCCUCAUCAACCCAGCGAGGUCGCUUCAGCAGCAAGUUUGGGUCACUAUCACGCCGGUGGAAGAACAGAUCGGCCGCUGGACCUCAGCUGUCAAUCGUCACCCACAUCAGCUCUUCCGCUUCUCGUUCCGGGUCCCUAAGCUCUUCACACAUUUGCAGUCCUGCUCUUAGUGCCGUCUCCAAACAUGAAACCGUCCAUCCGCCCUCGUCAAGUCUGCCGCUGCUGAGCGAGUCAUCGUGCCUAGAAGCGGAUGUGAGACCCAUCAACAUUGAACAGAAAAGGUCAGAACAGGAUCCAGCUGAGCCAGGGCAAGCUACCACACCUCUGUUGCCACCCAUGUUCUCCGAGCUCUGCAAGAAAGAUGAGCCUGUCCAUUCUCCUCUCCAAUCACCGGCCAUUGCACCUAAAUCCGCUGUUGUGAGCUCACGGACGUCCUUUGAUGCGCCAUUGUCAUGCCUGCCGUCCCCCCCUUUGUCGACGAGACCGUCAAUUGUUUCUAUGCAUACUAGAUCCCGCACAAAUACGGUCAACAAUUGUCCCUUUGGCGAAAUUCCCCCAUUGCAGCUGUUAGAAGCCCCUUCUGACCCUUGGGCCGUUCGUCUGGGUCAUGCCAACUACACCAUAUACCCUGAGCCGUACACCCCCGAGAUCAUGGACUUGGAUUCUUACGCCGAGUUCCGCAACAACUGGGAUCAGGCCCGAACACACUAUGCUAAGCACAUAACGAGAACCGCUGAACACUACGGGUCAACCUCCAAAGUCUACAAGCUGACGGAGGAGAAGUGGGCUUCAAUCGACGACACGUGGAAGCGGCAACACAAUCGUAUGAGGACCGCCCUAGCUCCAGUUCUCGCCCGUCUAAGUGACGGCGAUUCGGAGACGCAAGACUCUACCACGUCCAGCUCUGUCCUCGAAAAGCCUCUCACCAGGGUAGUUGUUCCUGUCAUCGAUGACAAGAGUGGCAAAUUUCCCAAGCUCGGUGAUGGCGAGAUUGUCGGGCCAAUGUCUGUUGCUCCGCCUCGCGCUUUCAACAAUUUCAACAAGAGCAUCGAAAUAGGGAGCCUACCCGUCUUCCCACACAAACGCAAUCUCCUGAAACUCCUUUCCGAUAUCUUCCGCAACUGA